CACGCCCUGACUCAUUGCUCACACUGAUCCACCUCGUUACUGCAUUUAGCAUACCCGUUCCUUUUUUUCCCCCUCCCUCAGUAAAUAUCCGCUCCUCGUGUUGCAUCGCGACUAGAUCUUAUUACCCCCCUCCACCCUCUUUGAAAUCUUUCCCUCCCUUGCUCCACCUUUUCGCACCGCCGCUUCUCUAUCGGAAAAUCUUACCGAUUGCCCCUCCUCCACCUUAUAUACCUCUUCAGAUCCUUUCCCUCAGAUCUAAACUACUGGCUGCAAUCACCUGAACACUCUACCAAUUCCACUCCCACCACUCCCACCACCACCAUGACUGUCCUCAACCUGACUCCGCUACCGGCGGACGAGAUCUUCGCCCUCAACCGCGAAUACGCCAACGACACUUUCCCCGACAAAGUCAGUCUCGGUGUCGGUGUCUACCGCACUGACGAUGGCAAGCCCUGGCCAUUGCCCUCCGUCCGCAAGGCCGAGCAGCAAUUGCUCGCCGAAGACAGCCCCUUCCGCCACGAAUACACCGCAAUUGAAGGCGACAUCCCGUUCCUCGAGCUGGCUCGGGACCUGAUGUUCGGCUUCGACUCCAAGAACCUGUGUGAGGAGCACAAGGCCCUGAAAGCCCGCAUUGGCUCCGUCCAGUCCGUCGCCGGCACUGGCGCCAACCACCUAGGUGCUCUCUUCCUCGCUCACAAGAUGAAGCCCAAGACCGUCUGGCUCUCCGACCCCUCCUGGGCCAACCACGUCACCAUCUGGGACCUCGUCGGCGUCCCCCGCAAGACCUACCCUUACUACAAGCCCGAGACCCGCUCUUUCGACUUCGAGGGCAUGAUGUCCACCCUUGAAUCCGACGCCCAGGAAGGCGACGUGAUCCUUCUGCACGCUUGCGCGCACAAUCCCACCGGUCUCGACCCCUCCAAGGAGCAAUGGAAGGCCAUUGCCGAGAUCUGUGAGCGCAAGAAGAUCUUCCCUUUCUUCGACUCCGCCUACCAGGGUUUCGCCUCCGGAUCCGCCGACGAGGACGCCUGGGCCGUGCGCUACUUCCUCAACGAGAAGCCCCAUAUGGAGAUGUGCGUUGCGCAGUCCUUCUCCAAGAACUUCGGUCUCUACGGCCAGCGUGUCGGCGCUUUCCACUACGUCGUCGCAGAAGGUUCCCAGGACCUCCGCGACCUCGUCGUCAACAACCUCUGCCACUUCAUCCGCGGCGAGUUCUCCAUGGGUCCUACCGGCGGUUGCUCCAUCGUCAAGAAGGUCUUGACCAACGAUGCCCUCACCACUCAAUGGCACGAUGAUCUCAAGGUCAUGAGCUCCCGUAUCAAGGCCAUGCGCGCUGCUCUGUACGAUGAACUCGUCCGUCUCGAGACCCCCGGAACCUGGAAGCACAUCGUUGAACAGAACGGCAUGUUCUCCUACACCGGCCUCACCCCUACCCAGGUCCAAGCCCUGAAGGAGAAGUACCACGUCUACCUCAUCAAAUCCGGCAGAGCUUCCAUCAGCGGCUUGAGCCAGAAGAACGUCGCCUACGUCGCGAAGGCUUUCGACGACAUCGUCCGCAACGUCAAAUAAACACAUCAACCAUUCCGGUUAUUCGGGUAGUUAAUCAUUCUGCCCGAGGUAAAUACACUUUUUCUAAGUGCUUCAACACAUACCAAAAAGAAAAACAAGAAAAGAAAAGGGGGGAAAUAUUUCUUUAUAGCAGAUAGACUUACCUCACCUCACCUCACCUCAUCUAUUUACGAGGUUAACGUACGCCAUGAAUGAUGGGAUAACGUACUAUAUGCGAAUGAGAGGACGACGACGAUGUACAGAUAUUACAUUUCGGGGCAUUUUUUUUUCGGGGUUAUUUUAUUGCAUGCAUCUAGCUAGCAUCUAGACUUUAUGCGAUGAUAGAGCUUGAAUUGAUUGGG